CCUCCUAAGCUCCAUAUUUCAGAUUUUUUAUAUCUUUCAUUAAUUCCUCCAUAUCUUAACUACGUAGCAAUGCGUCGUUCCUUGGUGUUCCUAGCCUGGGCCUUGGCUCUUUUGGCUUGCUCCUCAUCUUUUGCCUCUGCUCUAAUCGUGCGACACACUUUUAAUGUGGGAAAUGUUAGAAUGAAUCGGUUAUGCAAAGAUCAAGUCAUCACAACGGUGAACGGCGGUCUUCCUGGACCAGCUAUUGUGGCUCAAGAUGGUGAUACACUUGUUGUUCGUGUCAAUAACAUAUCACCGUAUAAUGUCACUAUUCACUGGCACGGGGUGUUCCAAUUAAUGAGCGCAUGGGCCGAUGGCCCCGAAUACAUUACUCAGUGCCCGAUUCGACCCGGUCAAAGCUUCACCUAUAGAUUCAACGUGACCCGCCAAGAAGGAACUCUCUUGUGGCACGCUCACUUCAAAGCCCUCCGAACCACAGUUCAUGGAGCCCUUAUAAUCCGACCCGCACGCGGUCGCACCUACCCAUUCCCAGCGCCAUUCCGCGAAAUCCCAAUCGUCGUAGGCGAGUGGUGGAAUGCCAACAUCAUGGACGUUGAGGAGGAAGCUGUCUCAAUGGGGAGACCCCCUAAUAUGUCUGAUGCUUUAACUAUUAACGGCCAGCCUGGAGAUCUUUACCCAUGCUCCUCUAAAAAUACGGUUAGAUUCACGUUGGUGCGAGGAAAGACCUAUCUUCUCCGGGUAAUCAACGCUGCACUCAACACUCCAGUAUUCUUCAAGAUUGCCAACCACAAAUUCACAGUAGUAGCCGUGGAUGCAUCCUACACCGACCCCUAUGACUCCGACGUCUUGGUCAUAGCCCCGGGCCAAACCGUAGACGCGCUGAUGACAGCCGAUCAAGCCCCCCGCCACUACUACAUGGCGGCGAGUUCCCACGUCGUCCCCCCUCAAGCUCCAUUCGUCAACACCUCCACCACCGCGAUUAUGUCAUACGCCGGAGCAUCCCCAUUGUCGCCUCCCUUAAUGCCGGUAAUGCCCAACGCCAGAGACAGCGAUACCGCGCACGCGUUUUUAAGCAACUUGACCGGUUUGACCAGCAGCCCGCACUGGACCCCGGUCCCGUUAGAGAUAGACGAGCGCAUGUUUGUGACGGUUGGGCUAGGCCUGGUCCCGGGCCCCUGCGACACUCCAACCGGGGCCUGCAGCGGGCCGGGCGGUCAGAUGCUAGCGGCGUCUAUGAACAACGUAUCGUUCGAGCUCCCGCAGAGGCUGUCGAUCAUGGAAGCAUACGUAAACAACGUGAGCGGGAUCUACACCGCCGAUUUCCCCGACAACCCGCCGGUGACGUACGACUACACGAACCCGGCCAAUCAGCAGAAUCCGGCGGUGAUGGCCACGGCGAGGGGGACGAGGGUGAAGGUGUUCAAGUACAACGCGACGGUGGAGAUGGUGUUUCAGAACACGGCGGUGCUGUCGUCGGAUGAUCAUCCGAUGCAUUUGCACGGCCUCAAUUUCUACGUGGUGGCGCAAGGGUUUGGGAAUUACAAUCCCCAAACUGAUGCUGCCAAUUUCAACUUGGUCAAUCCACAGGAGCGGAAUACUGUUGUAGUUCCCGCCUUUGGGUGGGUGGUCAUUAGGUUCCGAGCUAAUAAUCCAGGGGUGUGGUUCGUACAUUGCCAUAUAGAUGCACACGUGCCGUGGGGUUUAUCUAAUGCUUUUAUAAUUGAGAAUGGGCCCACACCGGAUACAACUUUGCCUCCACCACCUGCUGAUCUUCCCAAAUGCUAAUUUCCAAAUGGAUACUACUAUAUCAUUCUUUAAAGAUUUACUCUAGCUCUACAGCAUUUAACUUUGUUGACGUAAUUUUAUUUGUGUGUAUUUUGUUCUUCAAAUCUCUGGCUUGUUGAUGUAUUUCCUUGUCAAAUAAAUGUAACAUUUUAAUUCAAUACUCGCUCUAGUAAAGCGAUUAAUAAAGCAUGACAACUUUCAUGAA